AUGCUCACCGACAAGAUCCGACUGUCGGGCCCCGAGUCCCAAGAGCCCGAAGACUACCUCUGCUCUUCCCUCGCCGUCAUCUUCCCAGACGACAUCAUGAAUCAACACGGUGACGCCUACUCCUCCGUCAUCUACCUCUCGCCCUCGCACGGCUCCUUCGAACUCUCCCUCGCCGACCCCCAAGGUGAAGACUCUAGGAAGUUAUUCAGUCAUUUCCUGUGGAACGCGAGCGUGCAGCUGGCGGAGUUUAUCGAAGAGGGAAGACUGCGGCAGGGCGAGGAAGUCGAGCAGUGGAGUGUGCGGGGUGAACGAGUCCUUGAACUUGGUGCCGGGACAGGAUUGGCGGGAAUCGUGGCGACGUUGGAAGGGGCCGAGGAGGUCGUCAUCAGUGAUUAUCCUGCCGACGAGGUCCUCAAGAAUAUCCAGGCGAAUGUGGACCGUAACGUGGCGCCGAGGAGGACGAAGUCUGCGGGCGGGGUAGCGAAGGUGGAGGUUCAGGGCCAUGAGUGGGGAGUCCUUGAGGACAAGUUUUCCAUGGAAAACAAGGGGGGAUUUGGAGUUGUGCUGGUGGCGGACUGCCUGUGGAUGCCGUGGCAACACUCGAAUCUGUUGAAGAGUAUAGCUUGGUUUCUGAAGGCGAACGGUAGGGCGUGGGUUGUUGCCGGGUUUCAUACGGGGAGGGAGAAGAUGAGAGGGUUCUAUGACGGCGUGGUAUUGAAGGAAGCCGGCUUGGAGAUUGAGAGGAUUUGGGAGAGGAAUGCGGAGGGGCAUGAGAGAGAGUGGGUUGAGGAUAGGGGGAUUGAGGAUGUGACGGAGAGGAAACGAUGGCUCGUUAUCGGGGUUUUGAAGAAGGUCGGAUGA